AUGAUGAACAACAGUGGCUACUCGGAUGCCGCCGGCCUCGGCCUGGGCGACGAGGCGGACGAGAUGCCGUCCACCGAGAAGGACCUGGCCGAGGACGCGCCGUGGAAGAAGAUCCAGCAGAACACGUUCACGCGCUGGUGCAACGAGCACCUCAAGUGCGUGGGCAAGCGCCUGACCGACCUGCAGCGCGACCUGAGCGACGGGCUGCGCCUCAUCGCGCUCCUCGAGGUGCUCAGCCAGAAGCGCAUGUACCGCAAGUUCCACCCGCGCCCCAACUUCCGCCAGAUGAAGCUGGAGAACGUGUCCGUGGCCCUCGAGUUCCUGGAGCGCGAGCACAUCAAGCUCGUGUCCAUCGACAGCAAGGCCAUCGUGGAUGGGAACCUGAAGCUAAUCUUGGGCCUGAUCUGGACAUUGAUUCUGCACUACUCCAUCUCUAUGCCCAUGUGGGAGGAUGAGGAUGAUGAAGAUGCCCGCAAACAGACACCCAAACAGCGUCUGCUUGGCUGGAUCCAGAACAAGGUGCCCCAGCUACCCAUCACCAACUUCAACCGUGACUGGCAGGAUGGCAAGGCUCUGGGUGCGCUGGUAGACAACUGUGCCCCUGGUCUCUGCCCUGACUGGGAGGCCUGGGACCCAAACCAGCCUGUGCAGAACGCCCGGGAGGCCAUGCAACAAGCAGAUGACUGGCUCGGGGUGCCCCAGGUGAUUGCCCCUGAGGAGAUCGUGGAUCCCAAUGUGGAUGAGCAUUCGGUGAUGACCUACCUGUCCCAGUUCCCCAAAGCCAAGCUCAAACCUGGUGCCCCUGUUCGCUCCAAGCAGCUGAAUCCCAAGAAAGCCAUCGCCUAUGGGCCUGGCAUCGAACCCCAGGGUAACACCGUGCUUCAGCCUGCCCACUUCACUGUGCAAACAGUGGAUGCUGGGGUGGGUGAGGUGCUGGUCUACAUUGAGGACCCUGAGGGCCACACCGAGGAGGCAAAGGUGGUCCCUAACAAUGACAAGGACCGCACAUAUGCCGUCUCCUAUGUGCCCAAGGUUGCUGGGUUACACAAGGUGACCGUGCUCUUCGCUGGACAGAAUAUUGAGCGUAGCCCCUUUGAAGUGAAUGUGGGCAUGGCCCUGGGAGAUGCCAACAAGGUAUCAGCUCGUGGGCCUGGCUUGGAACCAGUGGGAAAUGUGGCCAAUAAACCCACCUACUUUGAUAUCUACACUGCAGGGGCUGGCACUGGUGAUGUUGCUGUGGUGAUUGUGGACCCGCAGGGCCGGCAGGACACAGUGGAGGUAGCCCUGGAGGACAAGGGCGACAGCACAUUCCGCUGCACAUACAGGCCUGUGAUGGAGGGACCACACACGGUUCAUGUGGCCUUUGCUGGUGCCCCCAUCACCCGCAGUCCUUUCCCUGUCCAUGUGGCUGAAGCCUGUAACCCCAAUGCCUGCCGUGCCUCUGGGCGAGGCCUGCAGCCUAAAGGUGUACGGGUGAAAGAGGUGGCUGACUUUAAGGUGUUCACCAAGGGUGCCGGCAGUGGGGACCUCAAGGUCACAGUCAAGGGGCCAAAGGGCACAGAGGAGCCGGUGAAGGUCCGGGAAGCUGGAGAUGGUGUGUUUGAGUGUGAAUAUUACCCUGUGGUGCCUGGGAAAUAUGUGGUAACCAUCAUGUGGGGUGGCUAUGCCAUCCCCCGAAGCCCCUUUGAAGUCCAGGUGAGCCCAGAGGCAGGAGCCCAGAAAGUACGGGCCUGGGGCCCUGGUUUAGAGACUGGCCAGGUGGGCAAGUCAGCUGACUUUGUGGUGGAGGCCAUUGGCACAGAAGUGGGGACUCUGGGCUUCUCCAUUGAGGGGCCAUCACAGGCCAAGAUUGAGUGUGAUGACAAGGGUGAUGGCUCCUGUGAUGUGCGAUACUGGCCCACGGAGCCUGGGGAAUACGCUGUGCAUGUCAUCUGUGACGACGAGGACAUCCGUGACUCACCCUUCAUCGCUCACAUUCAGCCUGCCCCGCCAGAUUGCUUCCCAGACAAGGUGAAGGCCUUUGGGCCUGGGUUGGAACCCACUGGCUGCAUUGUGGAAAGGCCUGCUGAGUUCACCAUUGAUGCCCGGGCUGCAGGCAAGGGAGACCUGAAACUCUAUGCCCAGGAUGCGGAUGGCUGCCCCAUCGACAUCAAGGUGAUCCCCAAUGGCGAUGGCACUUUCCGCUGCUCCUACGUGCCCACCAAACCCAUUAAGCACACCAUCAUCAUCUCCUGGGGAGGUGUCAACGUACCCAAGAGCCCCUUCAGGGUGAAUGUGGGAGAAGGUAGUCACCCGGAGCGGGUGAAGGUAUAUGGUCCUGGUGUGGAGAAGACAGGUCUCAAGGCCAAUGAGCCCACCUAUUUCACAGUUGACUGCAGCGAGGCAGGGCAAGGUGAUGUGAGCAUUGGCAUCAAGUGUGCCCCAGGCGUGGUGGGCCCUGCAGAGGCUGACAUUGACUUCGACAUUAUCAAGAAUGACAACGACACCUUCACAGUCAAGUACACACCUCCAGGGGCCGGCCACUAUACUAUCAUGGUGCUCUUUGCUAAUCAGGAGAUCCCUGCCAGCCCCUUCCACAUCAAGGUAGACCCGUCUCAUGAUGCCAGCAAGGUGAAGGCUGAGGGCCCUGGGCUGAACCGUACAGGUGUGGAAGUCGGGAAGCCCACUCAUUUCACCGUGCUGACCAAGGGGGCUGGCAAGGCCAAGUUGGAUGUGCACUUUGCCGGGGCAGCCAAAGGUGAGGCUGUGCGAGACUUUGAAAUCAUCGACAACCAUGACUACUCCUACACUGUCAAGUACACUGCUGUCCAACAGGGUAACAUGGCAGUGACAGUGACUUACGGUGGAGACCCUGUUCCCAAAAGCCCCUUUGUGGUAAAUGUGGCACCCCCACUGGACCUCAGCAAAGUCAAAGUCCAAGGCCUCAACAGCAAGGUGGCUGUGGGGCAGGAACAGGCAUUCUCCGUGAACACACGAGGGGCUGGUGGCCAGGGACAGCUGGAUGUACGAAUGACCUCACCUUCUCGACGGCCAAUCCCCUGCAAGCUGGAGCCAGGGGGUGGAGCUGAAGCCCAGGCUGUGCGCUACAUGCCCCCUGAGGAGGGGCCCUACAAGGUGGAUAUCACCUAUGAUGGCCAUCCAGUACCUGGCAGCCCCUUUGCUGUGGAAGGUGUUUUGCCUCCUGACCCCUCUAAGGUCUGUGCUUAUGGCCCUGGUCUCAAGGGAGGACUUGUAGGCACCCCAGCACCCUUUUCCAUCGACACCAAAGGGGCUGGCACAGGAGGCCUGGGGUUAACCGUGGAGGGCCCCUGCGAGGCCAAAAUCGAGUGCCAGGACAAUGGCGAUGGCUCCUGUGCUGUCAGCUACCUGCCCACAGAGCCGGGCGAGUACACCAUCAACAUCCUGUUUGCGGAAGCCCACAUCCCUGGCUCACCCUUCAAGGCUACCAUCAAGCCUGUGUUCGACCCAAGCAAGGUGCGGGCCAGUGGGCCAGGCCUAGAACGGGGCAAGGCUGGGGAGGCAGCCACGUUCACUGUGGACUGCUCCGAAGCGGGUGAGGCAGAGCUGACCAUUGAGAUCCUAUCCGACGCCGGUGUCAAGGCCGAGGUGCUGAUCCACAACAACGCCGAUGGCACCUACCACAUCACCUAUAGCCCCGCCUUCCCCGGCACCUACACCAUCACCAUCAAAUAUGGCGGCCACCCCAUACCCAAAUUCCCCACCCGUGUUCAUGUGCAGCCAGCUGUCGAUACCAGUGGGGUCAAGGUCUCAGGACCUGGUGUGGAGCCACAUGGUGUCCUGCGGGAGGUGACCACUGAGUUCACCGUGGACGCAAGGUCCCUCACAGCCACCGGUGGCAACCACGUGACAGCUCGUGUGCUCAACCCCUCGGGAGCUAAGACAGACACGUAUGUGACAGACAACGGGGAUGGCACCUACCGCGUGCAGUACACAGCCUAUGAAGAGGGUGUGCAUUUGGUGGAGGUGCUGUAUGAUGAGGUAGCUGUGCCCAAGAGCCCCUUCCGAGUGGGCGUGACUGAGGGCUGUGAUCCCAGCCGAGUCCGGGCCUUUGGGCCAGGCCUGGAGGGCGGCUUGGUCAACAAGGCCAACCGCUUCACUGUGGAAACCAGGGGAGCUGGCACUGGGGGCUUAGGCCUGGCCAUUGAGGGCCCCUCGGAAGCCAAGAUGUCCUGCAAGGACAACAAGGAUGGCAGUUGCACUGUGGAGUACAUCCCUUUCACCCCUGGCGACUAUGACGUCAACAUUACCUUUGGAGGGCGCCCCAUCCCAGGGAGUCCAUUCCGGGUGCCAGUGAAGGAUGUGGUGGAUCCUGGGAAAGUAAAGUGUUCCGGACCAGGGCUGGGGGCUGGCGUCAGAGCACGGGUACCCCAGACCUUCACAGUGGACUGCAGUCAAGCUGGCCGGGCCCCCUUGCAGGUGGCGGUGCUGGGCCCCACAGGUGUGCCUGAGCCUGUGGAGGUGCGUGAUAAUGGGGAUGGCACCCACACUGUCAACUACACCCCUGCCACUGAUGGACCCUACACAGUAGGUGUCAAGUACGCUGACCAGGAGGUGCCACGCAGCCCUUUCAAGAUCAAAGUGCUUCCAGCCCAUGAUGCCAGCAAGGUACGGGCUAGUGGCCCUGGCCUCAAUGCCUCUGGCAUCCCUGCCAGCCUACCUGUGGAAUUUACCAUUGAUGCUCGGGAUGCUGGAGAAGGGCUUCUCACUGUCCAGAUCCUGGACCCUGAGGGUAAACCCAAGAAAGCCAAUAUCCGAGACAAUGGGGAUGGCACAUACACUGUGUCCUACCUGCCAGACAUGAGUGGCCGAUACACCAUCACGAUCAAGUAUGGCGGCGAUGAGAUCCCCUACUCACCCUUCCGCAUCCACGCCCUGCCCACUGGGGAUGCCAGCAAGUGCCUUGUUACAGUGUCCAUUGGAGGCCAUGGCCUGGGUGCCUGCCUGGGCCCCCGAAUCCAAAUCGGAGAGGAGACCGUGAUAACGGUGGAUGCCAAGGCAGCAGGGAAGGGGAAGGUGACCUGCACAGUGUCUACACCGGAUGGGGCAGAGCUGGAUGUGGACGUGGUUGAGAACCACGAUGGCACCUUUGACAUCUACUACACAGCACCUGAGCCGGGGAAAUACGUCAUCACCAUCCGCUUUGGGGGCGAGCACAUCCCCAACAGUCCCUUCCACGUGCUGGCGUGUGACCCCCUGCCCCGUGUGGAGGAGCCUGCUGAAGUACUACAGCUGCGCCAGCCCUACGCCCCUCCCCGGCCUGGCACCUGCCCCCCACACUGGGCCACUGAGGAACCCGUGGUUCCCUUGGAGCCUUUGGAGUCCAUGCUGAGGCCCUUCAACCUGGUCAUCCCCUUCACUGUACAGAAAGGGGAACUCACAGGGGAGGUACGGAUGCCCUCCGGGAAGACUGCCCGACCCAACAUUACUGACAACAAGGAUGGCACCAUCACGGUGAGAUAUGCACCCACUGAGAAGGGCCUGCACCAGAUGGGCAUCAAGUAUGACGGCAACCACAUCCCUGGGAGCCCUCUGCAGUUCUAUGUGGAUGCCAUCAAUAGCCGUCACGUCAGUGCCUAUGGGCCAGGCCUGAGCCAUGGCAUGGUCAAUAAGCCAGCUACCUUUACCAUCGUCACCAAGGAUGCUGGGGAAGGGGGUCUGUCACUGGCUGUGGAGGGCCCAUCCAAAGCAGAGAUCACCUGCAAGGACAACAAAGAUGGUACCUGCACCGUGUCCUACCUGCCCACAGCACCUGGAGACUACAGCAUCAUCGUUCGCUUCGAUGACAAGCAUAUCCCAGGAAGCCCCUUCACAGCCAAGAUCACAGGUGAUGACUCCAUGAGAACAUCCCAGCUGAAUGUUGGCACUUCCACUGAUGUGUCACUGAAGAUCACCGAAAGUGACCUGAGCCAGCUGACUGCCAGCAUCCGUGCCCCUUCGGGCAAUGAGGAGCCCUGUCUGCUGAAGCGUCUGCCUAACCGGCACAUUGGGAUCUCCUUCACCCCCAAGGAGGUUGGGGAGCACGUGGUAAGCGUGCGCAAAAGUGGCAAGCACGUCACCAACAGCCCCUUCAAGAUCUUGGUGGGGCCAUCGGAGAUCGGCGAUGCCAGCAAGGUUCGAGUCUGGGGCAAAGGCCUUUCUGAAGGCCACACCUUCCAGGUGGCAGAGUUCAUUGUGGACACUCGUAAUGCAGGUUAUGGAGGCCUAGGGUUGAGUAUUGAAGGCCCUAGCAAAGUGGACAUCAACUGUGAGGACAUGGAGGACGGCACAUGCAAAGUCACCUACUGCCCCACUGAGCCGGGCACCUACAUCAUUAACAUCAAGUUUGCUGACAAGCAUGUGCCUGGAAGCCCCUUCACCGUGAAGGUGACAGGUGAGGGCCGCAUGAAGGAAAGCAUCACCCGGCGUAGACAGGCACCUUCCAUCGCCACCAUCGGUAGCACCUGUGACCUCAACCUCAAGAUCCCAGGAAACUGGUUCCAGAUGGUGUCUGCCCAGGAGAGGCUGACACGCACCUUCACACGCAGCAGCCACACAUACACCCGCACAGAGAGGACGGAGAUCAGCAAGACUCGGGGUGGGGAGACCAAGCGUGAGGUGCGGGUGGAGGAGUCCACCCAGGUUGGUGGAGACCCCUUCCCUGCUGUUUUUGGGGACUUCCUGGGCCGGGAGCGCCUGGGUUCCUUCGGCAGCAUCACUCGGCAGCAGGAAGGUGAGGCCAGCUCUCAGGACAUGACCGCACAGGUGACCAGCCCAUCGGGCAAGACGGAAGCUGCAGAGAUUGUGGAAGGAGAGGACAGCGCAUACAGUGUGCGCUUUGUGCCCCAGGAGAUGGGGCCCCACACGGUUGCUGUCAAGUACCGUGGCCAGCACGUACCUGGCAGUCCCUUCCAAUUCACCGUGGGGCCUCUGGGUGAAGGUGGUGCCCACAAGGUGAGAGCUGGAGGCACAGGUCUGGAGCGAGGUGUGGCUGGCAUGCCAGCUGAGUUCAGCAUCUGGACCCGAGAAGCAGGUGCUGGGGGUCUGUCCAUUGCUGUGGAGGGGCCCAGCAAGGCAGAGAUUGCAUUUGAGGACCGCAAAGAUGGCUCCUGUGGUGUCUCCUAUAUUGUCCAGGAGCCAGGUGACUAUGAAGUGUCCAUCAAGUUCAAUGAUGAGCACAUCCCUGACAGCCCAUUUGUGGUCCCGGUGGCCUCCCUCUCAGAUGAUGCUCGCCGGCUCACAGUCACCAGUCUCCAGGAGACCGGGCUCAAGGUGAACCAGCCAGCAUCCUUUGCAGUGCAGCUGAACGGGGCUCGGGGCGUGAUAGAUGCCAGGGUGCACACACCCUCAGGAGCCGUGGAGGAGUGCUAUGUCUCUGAGCUGGACAGUGACAAGCACACCAUUCGAUUCAUCCCCCAUGAGAACGGCGUCCACUCCAUUGAUGUCAAGUUCAACGGUGCCCACAUCCCCGGAAGCCCUUUCAAGAUACGUGUUGGGGAACAGAGCCAGGCUGGGGACCCAGGCUUGGUGUCAGCUUAUGGUCCAGGGCUCGAGGGAGGCACCACUGGUGUGUCAUCAGAGUUCAUCGUGAACACCUUGAAUGCCGGCUCAGGAGCCUUGUCCGUCACCAUUGAUGGUCCCUCCAAGGUGCAGCUGGACUGUCGGGAGUGUCCUGAGGGUCAUGUGGUCACUUACACUCCCAUGGCCCCUGGCAACUACCUCAUAGCCAUCAAAUAUGGUGGCCCCCAGCACAUUGUAGGCAGUCCUUUCAAGGCCAAGGUUACAGGUCCCAGACUGUCUGGAGGCCACAGCCUUCACGAAACAUCCACGGUUCUGGUGGAGACUGUGACCAAGUCCUCCUCGAGCCGGGGCUCCAGCUACAGCUCCAUCCCCAAGUUCUCCUCAGAUGCCAGCAAGGUGGUGACAAGAGGUCCCGGGCUAUCCCAGGCCUUUGUGGGUCAGAAGAACUCCUUCACAGUGGACUGCAGCAAGGCAGGCACCAACAUGAUGAUGGUGGGUGUGCACGGGCCCAAGACCCCCUGUGAGGAGGUAUAUGUGAAGCACAUGGGGAACCGCGUGUACAACGUCACCUACACUGUCAAGGAGAAAGGGGACUAUAUCCUCAUUGUCAAGUGGGGUGAUGAAAGUGUCCCCGGAAGCCCCUUCAAAGUCAAUGUGCCCUGAAUCCCAGAAGUGCCUCCCCCAGCCUCCGCCCCCACCUCGGCCAAACACACAUCCACCCCCAUCCACCCCCACAAAUGUGCCACACCCAGACACACACUUGCAGAACCGGACGCUACAAACACCUGCCUUGGGUGUGAUGUGAAGGGCGCAGCCCCCCACCUCACUGUGUCCCUGCAGUCGAGAGCCUCUGUCUCAGAGCAGGGCUUCUCUCUUAAGAGUUGUGCAAGGACAGACCGCUGGAGCCAGACCUGGCAGAGACACAAUGGGCUGGAUGAGGGCUUGGGGGCCUAGAGAAGCCCAAAGUUCCCUGAUGGGGCUGAGGCCAGUGUGGUAGCUUUGUGUUGGGGAGAUCUAUUUGUGAGAGAGGUUGCCUGCAAACCCCCUGAGGACUGUCACUGGCCCCUUUGGUGGCCACAGCCCAGAGAGUUAAAGACUUGGAUGGGGGAAGUACAACGGAGAAGAAAACAGACCAGAUCAAGCGGCACGUGGACCGGCCCGAGCAACACGUAUUCCACCCAAGCCAGGCUUUCUGAGGGACUGAUUUCUCUCUCCUUCUGUCUUUCAAACUCUCUCUUUUUAUAUUUACUGUUGCACAGCUCUGCCCCUUGGGGGCCUUUUUUACACACU